AGAGUCUGCAGGUGCAUGUCAGAUGGCAUGCCUGAGAAGCCAGCAGAGGCAUGUAGGAACUCUUUCAAGGACAUGGCUUCUCCUCCAACAUUCAGCGUGGGCAGUAUGAGGAGGCCACUGACAACUGUGGAUACCCAUGCAAGACGCCAUCCCAGAAGGCUGGCACUGGCUCAGCGGCCAGUAACAGCCCUAAGCCUUUCCAGAAGCACCUGCUCCAUGGAUAUCUGGGACAUUUUCUACAACAGGUUCAAUGAGAAAGGUCCCCCCGCUAAGACUGAGAAAGCAAGGAGGCCAGCUACUGCCAAACAACAUGUCUGGGAAUACUCCAGUACGACAGGUCAUAUGAAAAUCAUGGAGGUCCAGGCUCAGGGACAUUUUGUGAGGCUUGGGAACUGCUCCCAGACAGAGCAGGACAUCGGAGGGUAUUACCUGCAGCAGAGCAUUAAGGGACAGCCUGUCAACUGCUUCCUCUUCCCACCGAGAACAUUCAUUCAACCUGGAGCCUCAAUCACUGUUUGGUCAGAACAUUGCAGACCUUGUGCACAUUCUUUUAAUGAUCAUGUGUGGACUGGACUAUCGCAAAUUGGAUCAAGCCCUGAAUACACCACUAUCUUGUGUACGACAAAUGGUCAAGCAGUGGCAUGGUACAGGCCAGCUCGGUGCUCCAUGUUGAGAACAUGCCAAGCUUGGGAGGAACCUGAGAGAAAACCACAGAGCAGGGCUGGCCACUCUCUAUCAAGAGGAGAUAGUAAGAGGGCCACACCACAAGACAUAGCAAAGCAAGAACCUCAUCUCAAACACUCAGACCCGCCACCCUUCCUACGCCUGCGAAGGAAAACAGAUGCGAAAAGAGUCUCUCAAAGCCCGUGGGCCCAAAGCCCCUCCUCCAUCACUCACCCCUGCUGCAUCAGCGUCUGGCCUCAGGCACAUACCAAAACAAACAUACCAAUGCAGGAGCCAAGACGCUCACAAAAAAAGGUGAAUUUACCAAGGCAUGCAGAGAAGGGGUAGUUGGACCCCUUUGAGUGGAGCAGUGGUGCAACUUAAACCUUAAAGCCACGUAAACAGCAUAUCUAGAUUAUUUCACAUAUCUAACAAUAAAGAUUGUGUUUAAUGUA